AUGGAGAUGACUCUUGUUCCUAAGAAGAUGAUAGUUUAUGCCAUUGGUGGUGAUUAUUUGAUAGUUGAACCAAUAGGUGGAAUUUACCCUUCCCUCUAUAUGGGAGGUGAUGAUUUUAUAUCAGAUUCAGAAAGAGAUGAAGGAUCUGGAGAGCCGAUGCAAGUUUAUCUGGAUGAUCCAGAAUCUAUAUUAGAAAUAGAAGAAAAGUUGUGUGAAGUGUACUCCAUUACAUUGAAAAUACAGGAAAGAGUGGAGGAAAUUGACAACAUGCUGAGUGAAACAGAAACUGACCGCGAAGCAGGGGGAAAUAAGGGUGUUUCAGACAAACAGAUACGUCUAAAAAUCUACUCUCCCAAUGUUCUUGAUAUCACACUGGUGGAUUUGCCAGGAAUAACAAAGGUUCCGGUUGGUGACCAACCAUCUGAUAUUGAGGCACGGAUUAGAACAAUAAUAUUGUCUUACAUCAAACAUCCAAGUUGUUUGAUUUUAGCAGUUACACCAGCAAAUGCAGAUUUGGCAAAUUCAGAUGCACUUCAGAUCGCAGGCACUGCUGAUCCUGAUGGUUAUCGGACUAUUGGUGUAAUCACAAAGUUGGAUAUCAUGGACAGAGGCACUGAUGCUCGUAAUUUUUUGCUCGGAAAAGUGAUUCCACUUCGACUUGGUUAUGUUGGUGUCGUGAACCGCAGUCAAGAGGAUAUCAUUCAGAACCGAAGUAUCAAGGAUGCUCUUGCUUAUGAGGAGAACUUCUUCCGCAGUCGUCCUGUGUACAAUGGUCUUGCUGAUCGUUGUGGUAUGCCUCAGUUAGCAAAGAAGUUGAACCAGAUUUUAAUACAACAUAUCAAGACUGUACUUCCAGGGUUAAAAUCUCGCAUAAGUUCUGCCUUGGUUGCUGUGGCAAAGGAGCAUGCAAGCUUUGGAGAAAUUACUGAAUCAAAAGCUGGGCAAGGGGCUCUUCUCUUGAACAUUCUUACAAAAUACUCUGAAGCCUUUGCUUCAAUGGUGGAGGGGAAAAAUGAACAGAUGUCGACAUCAGAGCUCUCUGGAGGAGCACGAAUUCAUUACAUCUUCCAGUCAAUCUUUGUGAAGAGCUUGGAAGAAGUGGAUCCAUGUGAUGAUUUAACUGAUGAUGACAUUCGUACUGCUAUUCAGAAUGCAACUGGUCCCAAAUCUGCUUUAUUUGUACCUGAGGUUCCUUUUGAGGUUCUUAUUAGAAGGCAGAUAGCCCGUUUAUUAGAUCCAAGCCUUCAGUGUGCAAGGUUUAUCUAUGAUGAGUUAAUAAAGAUGAGCCACCGUUGUCUGGCCAGCGAGCUCCAGCGGUUUCCUGUUCUUAGAAAGCGCAUGGAUGAAGUUAUUGGAAAUUUUUUGCGUGAAGGCCUUGAACCUUCAGAGACGAUGAUUGGGCACGUUAUUGAGAUGGAGAUGGACUAUAUUAACACUUCACAUCCAAAUUUUAUUGGUGGAAGUAAAGCUGUAGAGAUUGCACUCCAGCAAAUCAAGUCCUCUAGAGUAUCUGGUGCUUUACCUAGAGGAAAGGAUGGGGUAGAUUUUGAUAAAGUACCGGCAUCCGAAAAAAGUCUGAAAUCUCGAGCCAUUCUUGCUAGAUCGCCAGCGAAUGGAAUUAUUGCCGAUCAGGGAGCUCGGCCUGGUACAGAUAAUGAGAGACCUGGUAUGUCAGGAAAUACCACUGGUGCAAGUUGGGGAAUUUCAUCAAUUUUUGGUGGGAGCGAACAUCGUACAUCUUCAAGAGAGAGUUCAAUGAGCAAGUCAUAUAGUGAACCUGUCCACAUGUUGGAGCAUUCACUGUCUAUGAUCCAAUUGAAAGAGCCCCCAACCAUCUUGAGGCCCACAGAGACCCAUUCUGAGCAGGAGGCAAUUGAAAUAGCAGUGACUAAACUGCUAUUGAGGUCAUAUUACGACAUUGUCAGGAAGAAUAUUGAAGACUCCGUUCCUAAAGCAAUUAUGCACUUCCUGGUCAACCAUACAAAACGAGAGCUACAUAAUGUCUUCAUAAAAAAACUUUACAGAGACAACCUUUUCGAAGAGAUGCUGCAGGAACCGGAUGAGGUGGCAAUGAAAAGGAAACGGACUCGAGAAACACUCAAAGUUUUGCAACAAGCUUUCCGGACGUUGGAUGAGUUGCCCCUUGAAGCUGAAACAGUUGAGACGGGUUAUAGUUUGGGCACUGAUCCAACUGGAUUGCCAAAGAUCCAUGGGCUUCCGUCAUCAUCUUUUUAUACUACAAGUAGUGACUCCAGUUUCUACUCUCCUUCACCUAAGAACCCAAAGCACCGGAAGUCAUCUCACUCUGGGGAACUGCAAUCACCAUUGCAUGCAAAUGCAGAUUCGAAUGGUAGUGGACGCCAUUCUAUACUUGGAUCUUAUCCAACAGUUGAUCUGUAAGCAAUUGAGACAUGUGGAGCCGGGUUUGGAUGUGACAAGCCUUUUGGUUGUUCCCCAGUGACGUGGAUACUAACAACCUGGAAUUUAAAGAUUGUAUUAUGCCUUCAAUUCGUCCCUUUGGCAUGAAUUUUUGUUCCCCAGUUUUCAGUUUGAGUUUUACUGAUGGGCAAGGACUAUCUCUUUAGUAUUUUAAUUGUUACAACUUAAAUAUGGGAUAUUCUAUAUGUAGCUGCCAGUGAGUGAUUUGGUUACAUUAGGUUUGUAAUUAAACAAGAUUACUAUAGUUUGGCAUAUGGUUAUUGUUCUUUUU